CGGAGAUACCCGGGCACGGUGCGGGGGCACCCGGGCACGGUGCGGGGACACCCGGGCACGGUGCGGGGACACCCGGGCAUAGUGCAGGGAUCUCUCCUGGGAUUCCCACAGGAUGCGUGCUCACCGGGCAGUGCCGUGCCCGCUGCCGGCCGGGCCAGCCCAGCUCCCGGCGCUGCUGGCUGUGUGCCGCCGGCUCUGGCCGGGCUGGAGCCGUCCUGCCUGUUUGCACAAGCGCCGCAGUGGCCGUGGGGGAGGUCAGGGGCUCCGGGGACGUGCGAGCCUGGCGAGGUGGUGUUUGGGGAGGGGGUCCCUGCGCCGCUCCCUGCUGAGAACUUGAUUAGAUUCUGCCCAAUUUACAGCCCUUUGGCUUCCUGGUGUUUCCCUUCAGCCAGCAGGACCUGGUUUCCCUUUGAACGAAAGAGGGUUUUUUGAAAUGCAAAAUGUGUGAAGUUUUGCAGCCCUUCAGAAAGGGGAGGAAGCCCCUGGCCCGUGUGGGCUGUGGGAGCUCCGUGCCCGGCUCAGGGAGUGCCCCGGUGCCACCAGCGCAGCAGCCCUGCGGCAGCAAGGAGCAUCCCUGGCUGCUGCCUUGUGGCAGGACGUGGAGCCCGCGGGCCUGUGCCCUUUCCCACGCCGCUCUGUGGUCCGGGGAGGACCGGGAGCCAGAGCUCAGCUUGUUUCCCAGCUCUGCCACCGUUCUGUUUCCCAGGAUGAGUCAGAGUCCCUGUGGGCAGAGCCCUGUCCCUCCGGGGUCACCGCACUGCCUCUCCCUGCUCUCCCACCCUGCGGGGUGCUUGGAGCGGGCACAUGGGACACCCAGAGCGGCCCGGCCGUGCUCCUGCCAGCCCGGGGGUCCCCCGCAGGUGCACAGCCGGUGGCAGGGGGUGGGAGGGACUCAGCUCCCCUGCUCCUGAGCACAGCGGGAGAAAUGAGCUAAAGCAGCCGAAAAGCACCCUGGGCUCCUUAGCGUGAAUCAGGGCCAUGUGCGGAAACAAGGGAGUCCUUGAGCCUGUGCCUCGGGCCGUCGCGGCAGACUGAGGGGCCGAGCUCACCCCGAGGUGGCUGCAUGUCACCGCAAACAACGGAGCCUGUGUGGGCUCGGAGCCCUGCAGCGGGGGCACAGAGUCGCUGCUGGGUCUUCUUGCCACCAUCCCUGCUCGCUGAGGUCUUGCUGGAGGCUGGGAAGCAGCCACAGAAAUGAGACUGAAGUACCCGGGCCACAAAACACUGCAGGGAUGAGCAGCUCCGUGGGCUUUGUCUCUGCCAGCCCGGUGGGACAGUGCCUCACUCCUUUGGGCACAGCCACGAGCCCCGGGGGCAGUGGGACAUCUCUGGGCAGUGAGGGAGCUGGCUGUGAUGGUCUGCUGGGGUUGGCGAGGCCCUGCGGGACACCCGGGUGGGACACCGGGCUCAUCACGUGUCCCGCAGGCUCUGGGUGAUGUGGACCAGGUCCGGAUGACCUCAGAGGGCUCCGACUGCCGCUGCAAGUGCAUCCUGCGGCCGCUGAGCAAGGACGCCUGCAGCCGCGUCAGGAGCGGCAGCGCGCGCGUGGAGGAUUUCUACACCGUGGAGACGGUGAGCUCGGGGGCUGACUGCAAGUGCUCCUGCACCGCGCCCCCCUCCUCACUCAACCCCUGCGAGAAUGAGUGGAAGAUGGAGAAGCUGAAGAAACAGGCCCCUGAGCUCUUCAAGCUGCAGGCCAUGGUGGACCUGCUGGAGGGAACGCUGUACAGCAUGGACCUGAUGAAGGUGCACUCCUACAUCGGCAAGGUGGUGGCACAGAUGAACACGCUGGAGGAGACCAUCAAGACCAACCUGAGCAGGGAGAAUGACUUCAUGAAGGAGAGCGUCCAGCACCUCACCGACCAGAUGAAACGCUACGAGAACUACUCUGACAUCAUGAUCAGCAUCAAGAAGGAGAUCUCCAACCUGGGCUACCAGCUGCUGCAGAAGGAUGCGGCUGCCAUCCCCGAGAGCAAGGCACAGGACACGACAGGUGGCCGAGAGAAGGAGGCAGGACGGUACCCCAGCACCCGCAAGGCUCUGGGGGACAGGGCAGGCCCCCGAGCGCCCAAGGAGAAGCCGCUGAAGCCCGAAAAGCCCAAAAAGGAGAACACCAAGGCCAGGGCGGGGUCACAGCCCACGGCCAAGCCCAAGCCCCUGGCGCAGCAGCAGACGGUGGUCCGAGGCAUCACGUACUACAAGGUCGGGCAGGCGGGAGCGGCGGAGGGUCCGGCCGGCAGCCGCGAGGGCCCUGGGAGAGGGGCAGCCGUGUCAGAGCAGCAGGAGGACAGGGGCCCCCCGCCCCCCUCAGCUGAGGGCACCCCAGCCCAAGCUGUCGCGCAGACGGAGGGCACCGUGCCCAGCAGCACGGCUGCGCCCAGCACCGCCCCGGCCCCGCGCAGCACCGCCCCGGGGCAGGGCGCUGACAGCACCGGGGAGACACCCAACAGAGUGAAGGAGGCGGAGUGCGAAGGCACCAUCGAGUCGGUGGAGCCCCCCACGGAGCACCACAGCUACGGGCGCAACGAGGGGGCCUGGAUGAAGGACCCGGCAGCCAAGGAUGGCCGCAUCUACGUCACCAACUACUACUAUGGGAACAGCCUGGUGGAGUUCAGGAGCCUCGACAACUUCAAGCAGGGCCGCUGGAGCAACCUCUAUAAGCUGCCCUACAACUGGAUUGGCACCGGGCACGUGGUGUACAGAGGGGCCUUCUACUACAACCGUGCCUUCACCAAGAACAUCAUCAAGUACGACCUGAAGGAGCGGUACGUGGCAGGCUGGGCGCAGCUCCACGACGUGGUGUACGAGGACACGACGCCCUGGAAGUGGAGGGGCCACUCGGACAUCGACUUCGCUGUGGAUGAGAGCGGGCUCUGGGUCAUCUACCCCUCGGUGGACUACGACUACUCCCAGCAGGAGGUGAUUGUCCUCAGCCGACUUGACCCCGUGGACCUCUCGGUGCGCAAGGAAACCACCUGGAAGACGGGGCUGAAGCGCAACACGUACGGGAACUGCUUCAUCAUCUGUGGCAUCCUCUAUGCUGUGGACACCUACAGCCAGAAGGAAGGGCAGAUCUCCUACGCCUUCGACACGCACACAGACACGGAGGCAGAGCUCCGACUGCCCUUCCUCAACCACUACUCCUUCACCACGCAGGUCGACUACAACCCCAAGGAGAAGGUGCUCUAUGCCUGGGACAACGGCCAUCAGAUGACCUACGGGCUCCGCUUCGUGGUCUGAGUGCCCGGGCGGGUCCCACUGCACUCCUGUGCCCACCCUGCGCCGUGCCUGGCUGGGGCACCCUGACGCAGCCCGGCCCUGGCACCCCCACUCCAGCCAGGGCUGCGGCAAGAGCCUGGCUUCCACCCCAAACCCUUCCCCAUCUGCUGUGGCCAUCACCUGCGCCGUGCCCACCGUGCUGCAGGGCAGGGGGAGCACGCAAGAGCAGCCCCCAGCAGACACCCCUGUGACAACGUGGCCCCUGGGGCCGUGGCAGCUCGGCCAGCAUCGCCUUCCCGGGGACACAAGGAGCCCAGCCCCGCGUCCCUGUGCCGCUGCUGGCACCGCCCGCCCUGCAGCAGCGCACGGAGCGCCUCCUGCACCGCCCCAGCCCGGCCACGCUCCCCGCACGCCCGAGUGCCACCGCUGCCAGCCGUGCCGGUGCCGGGACAGCCCUGUGCCCUGCGUGUGCGCCGUGGGGCGGGCGGGCCCCCUCACUGCCAGGCGGCAGGAACAGGUGCCAGUCGCUAUUUUAGGAAGUGUGGUUAAGAUGCCUCUGCUUUUGCUGAUCAUGAGUUUGUUAUUUAAAUGUAUUCACUGGAGCCGUGCAAGUCCCCUUCGGCAGCAGGCGUGGAGGAGCCUGCCUGGGGUGUCCAGCCUGCACAGCAACCUGCACACCUGCCCUGUCACCUGCCCUGUCACCUGCCCUCACAUCUGCCCUCUCCCCUGCCCUCUCACCUGCCCUCACAUCUGCCCUCUCACCUACCCUCUCACCUGCCAUCUCCCCUGCCCGCACCCAGCACUGGGCAGGGCAGCCCUCGGGCCUCUCCCUCUCGGUGUGAGGCAGAGCGAGGGGCUGCUUGGCUUGGUUUUGGUCAUUUUAGACGUGAGCAGUACUAAAACAUAACAGAUGUGA